CACUUCUGGACAAAAAGGGUUGACCUCCCACAUGGGUGGGGGCCAACCCACGAUUUUAGCCUCAUUAUUCAGGGCCUUAGCAGGCUGGUAGGAGAUAUGAGGUGGGAGAGGACUGAUUUGAGAUGUUUGGCAUCAAAACAAAUCAUGGUGGCCCUCCUCCCUUUCACUCAUUGCCCAAAAGGAGACAAAGAGGCAUUCCUACCCAUCCCCCUCCUCACUAGUUCGGCCAGCAGCAAGGGAAAGGAGGAAAGAACCUCUACAACUUCAUCUCCAUAUCCCCAAAUCCGAACUCAAGCUCAAGGGAGUCCAAGAAGAAAGUUUAAGAAGGAAAAAGCUAGGAAAAAGUGUGAAAAUUAAGGAACUUGAUUUAAAGUAUUUUUGAGCCUCACCGGAGUUUCGUCGGAGUUGGUCAAAGUUCGCCGGAGUUGGUCAAAGUUCAAUCAAGAAACGUAGAACGCGCUUAAGCUUAAUUAAGUUUCAGGUAGAACUUGAAGGUUGCUGUUACCCGCCGCUGCUUUGGGAAGUUUCUGAGGAGAAGACUUGGUUCGUGCUUCUCCCGUUCUUGUUUUGAAAACAAUAUGAAUAAUGCUCAUGGAUAAUAUUUUCUGAAUAAUUACUUUGGGGGCUUGCAUGCCUAAUUAUGCCAAGUGUGGCUUGAACACUUGUAUCAAUUGUUUCCGCUGCUUUAAUAAAUGUUUUGCAUUAUGUUUGUU